UGCGCAGUACACAGCCGGCCCAUAGAGCGAUGUAAACAUGGCAGCCUCCAGUGCUCGCUGUACUGCACGUUGGCUGUCAGGCGGAUUACCUGGACUUCGCAGCACCUUUGCACUUUUAAAGUCCUCUAGACAAGGAGAUAUUGGGGCUUUGAGGAUAUGCUGGACGCGUAGUUAUGUGACGGGGGGGAUUUUAAGCUGCUGGAGGCACAGAGGAUGUGUGACAUUGAAGGGGGUACCAGUGUUGAAGAGCCACAGUGUUUUCAGCUCUCAUUUCUUCCACACUACUUCUGGGUGCCAUCAGCAGGAUUUCUAUGAAGUUUUGGGGGUUCCUCGGACUGCCUCUCAGAAAGAGAUUAAGAAAGCCUACUACCAGUUGGCCAAGAAAUACCAUCCAGACACCAACCCAGAUGACCCUGAAGCUAAAGAGAAGUUUGCCAAGCUGGCAGAGGCCUAUGAGACGCUCAGUGAUGAGCUGAAGAGGAAGCAGUACGACACGUACGGUUCUGCCGGUCCGAGCGCGAGUGGGGCGGGGCAGCAGCAGUACUGGAGAGGCGGGGCUACUGUGGACCCAGAAGAGCUGUUCAGGAAGAUCUUUGGAGAGUUUACAGGGGGGCGUGGCUUUGGAGACCUCAACUCCAUGUUUGAACAGGCACCUGAAUUUGUUAUGGAGCUGACGUUCAUGCAGGCUGCCAAGGGUGUGAAUAAGGAGAUAACGGUCAACAUAGACGACGCCUGUCCACGCUGUGACGGAAAAGGUCAUGAGCCGGGAACUAAAGUGUCACAGUGUCACUAUUGCAAUGGCACAGGCAUGGAAUCUAUUAACACCGGCCCAUUUAUGAUGCGCUCAACGUGUAGGCGGUGUGGUGGGCGGGGCUCUAUCAUCAUCACCCCUUGCGUUAUGUGCCGGGCAACUGGACAAACCAAACAGAAACAGACCGUCAUGGUUCCUGUGCCUGCAGGUAUAGAAGACGGGCAGACAGUUAAGGUGCCGGUCGGGAAGAAAUACAUUUAUAUCACAUUCAGGGUCCAGAAGAGUCCAGUGUUUCGUCGUGAUGGGGCUGAUAUCCACUCGGAUGUAAUGAUUUCAGUAGCACAGGCGAUUCUAGGGGGAACAGCCAGAGCACAGGGCUUGUACAGCACCAUCGACAUUGCGAUUCCUCCAGGCAUUCAAACAGACCAUAAGAUCAAACUGGCAGGAAAAGGCAUCCCACGCAUUAAUAGCUUUGGCUACGGAGACCAUUAUGUAUAUAUCAAAAUCAAAAUUCCUAAGAAACUGACACACAAGCAGAGAACGCUGCUCUUAAGUUAUGCAGAGGAUGAGAUGGAUGUGGAGGGAACUGUUACUGGAGUAACCAGACCAGCCACCGGUAGUUCUCAAGCUGGACAGACAUCAGAAUCAGGGAAGAGCAGAGAGGAAGAGCCAGAGAAAGAGGAAGGGGGAUUUUUCUCUAAACUGAAGAAGAUAUUCACCUGAAGAUCAUGGAAGGACGCAGUCUUUUAAUGUUUUAGUGUAGACUUGGCUAAAGACAAGAAGUAUGAAAGGAGUACAAGAACGAAGCGCUUUCACCCAGCAGAGGACAUCUCCAAUCACACGUCGUGUCACAUCUGCUCACACAGCUUAAAUACAGAAGAGACCAUUUAUGAUCCUUUAAAAUGAAGGAUUCAAAGUGAAGCUUAACUCCACCAAUUCUCAGCCUGACGAUGACAUCUGGGCUCUCUGUGCUAAAUGUGUGCCGUUUGGUGUAUGCUGUUGUUUUUUUAAGAGGAAUGUCUGAAUAAAUGUCAAGAAAUAUGUUUUGUUAUACACUAACAAACAACUGUAAUAAAAUUAAGUUAUACAGUUAACACUAA